AGAUGAAUUGUGGACGCAGCUACAGUUGAGAGAGUGAAAGAGAGGCAGAAGACGUUGAGAGGUCUGCUUCCGGAGCGCCUGGUUGAAGGCUAAUUCUUGUGGCUCGUGCAGUGCAGUUGCAUACUUCCAGGGGGUUUCCCAAUGCAAUCACACUCGAAAGUGUACCAAGGGGAGACAGGUUGGCGUUGGGGGUUGCCCACUUCCGGUGAUUGGUAAACUUGGUUACGUAAUCAGAAGCAUUCCGGCCACCGACAAACCGAGAACUUUGCCGAGGGCUCCAGAUCCGGAUUUGGUGCAAAAUGGAACCCGUAUUAAAGUGACAUAAAAGUGUGUGUCGUAUUCCAAAGUGUUUCCCACUAAGCUCAAAAGUGUUCCUCGUCGUACCAUUAGUCUAGUCUCAAUGGUGACUCCAAGUUGUCCUAAUCGACGCUAGUGUUAGUCUUACUAGAGAAAUCAAAAUCUAGCACAAAAUCAUCACACAAACAAGUCUCCCCCUUCCACAACCAAACAAAAAUGGAUAAAAGCAUAGUGCCGGCGGACGGAAACCCGGCGGCCAGCAACCUGCCCACGUCGACGGUGCUCCUGCCGGACGAUGUGCUCGAGAAGCUGUACCAGAGCUACGCCCUCAAACAGAAACGGGUCGCCUUCGGGUGCUAUCUGGCCGCGUCGAUACUGUUCGACGUGUGGGCCAUCCUGGUGCCCCAGGGCCAGGGCUGGGAGAGCAUAGUGGUAACGAGCGUGUUCCUAACCCUGAACGUCACGCUGGCGGCGAUACUGCGCUUCUGCGGCAAGAGCCGUUUCCGGGGCUUCAUCUGGGAGGUGGCUCCGCACGCGGCCUGGCUGCUCGCCAUCAAACAGCUCUUCCUGCAGCUGUUCCUCAAAGGAUCCGUCACGCCGAGGGAUUCCCUCGGCUGGGCGGUGCUGCUUAAUUUUUUAGUGUACGUCACCCUGCCGGUCCUGCUGAAGUACACCGGCAUCCUGCUGGGGCUGGGAUCGUUCGCAACCUAUGUCAACGCCAUCAUUGGGCUGGCCAAGAAGGAGAACUAUUUCUGGGAACAGCAAAUUGCCAACAUCCUUCUGCUGGUAGCGGCCACCGCCAUCGGGCUGCUCGUCUACUUCCUAGCCGAAGCCAAACAACGAAGAGCUUUUCUCGAAGCAAAGCAGGGCCUAGAGGUGAAGAUGCUGAUCGAGGAGCAGUCGGCCGAGCAGGAACGAUUACUCCUAUCGGUGCUACCCGAGCACGUCGCGGUGAAAAUGCGACAAGAUCUAGGAUCAACAAACUCGGAGCAGUUCAAGAAAAUCUACAUGAGUCGUCACGAAAAUGUCAGCAUUCUGUACGCGGAUAUCGUCGGCUUCACCGCCAUCUCGUCCACCUACUCGGCCCAGGAUUUGGUGAAAAUUUUGAACGAACUUUUCGCACGUUUCGACCGCUUAGCUGAGAAAUACCAGCAAUUAAGGAUAAAGAUCCUGGGUGAUUGCUACUACUGCAUCAGCGGCGCUCCCGUGGAACGUCCGGACCACGCCGUCCUCUGCGUCCACAUGGGACUCUCGAUGGUGAAAGCUAUCAAAUAUGUCCAGCAGAAGACCAACUCGCCCGUUGACAUGCGGGUCGGAAUCCACACGGGGGCCGUCCUAGCGGGGAUCCUUGGCCAGCGCCAGUGGCAGUUUGACGUGUACUCGAAGGAUGUCGAGCUCGCCAACAAGAUGGAGUCCAGCGGGAAGGCCGGACGGGUUCAUCUGUCGGAGAAAACGCUCAGCUUUCUGAACGGGGAGUUCGAGGUGGAGCCCGCGUUCGGUGAGAAGCGCGAGGAAGCCCUGCGGAUAGCCGGGCUGAAGACGUUUUUCAUCAGUAAAGUAUUGAAGCCGUUCUGCGCUGCCGAGCACAGGAUGAACGGUUCCGCCGACCCGAAGGACGUCGUCAUAGAACCGGAUGGCCCAUCCGAGGUAUCCCAGGACGACCCCGACAACGAUCCCAAGACCCCAGCCGACGAGGAGUCCAACGCCGGACUGAACGACGCCAAGUCGGACGACAACUCCGCCGAGGAGUACAAGGUGCGGCUGCGGAAGGAGCUGGUCAGCCGCGAUGGGCACCGGGAGAUCUACAAGGACAUCAACGUGCUGCUCCGCUUCAAGGACGACACCAUCGAGCAGGCCUACGGACUGUACCGCCAGCCGCAGAGUUCGGUGCCGCUGCUGGGUGGCCUCAUCGUGCAGUUCAUCGGGCUCGUCUUCUCCAUUCUAGUUCUUCCACGCACCGCGUUGCACUUUGAGAUCGUAAUACCGCCGCUGAUAAUUAUUGCCAUUCUUGUUUUCAUCUCGGUGGCGGAGAAUUUCCCCGGGAGUCUGCCGGCGUUCAUCACGUUAAACAGCAAACGUUUCAACGACUGCCUCGGACUCCGCAAGUCGACGGCCAUCAUAAUCGUCCUGCUCAUCGGAAUAUCAAACGCCAGUGAUAUGUUGGCCUCCUCCGGCAGGACUGCGCUGCACCUGAACGUGACCAACGCGUCCCUGCUGUCCACCGAGAUGCAUCCGGCGACCAUCUGUCUGUUCCCGUCGUACUUUAGCAACUUUGCCGUGCUCAUCCUGAUUGCCGUGUCCAUCAUCACGCAGCUGUCCCAUCUGAGCAAAAUCGCAUUAAUGGUCAUUAUCACCGCCAUUCAUUGCUACAUCAACGUUUUCCACCUAGACGAAGCAUUCCGGAACGAGGAUUUCGGGAUUUUGAAUGUAUUUCCACUCAGGUACACGCUGUCCGCGCUGCUGGUCGCCGUGACGAUUGCGCUGUCCCUGUUGGCACGACACAUCGACAAGGUCGACCGGGUGAUCUUCAUGUGGAAGACGGAGGUGAGCGAUCAGAAGGAGCGCGCCUCGGACAUGCGGCGCCGCAACGAAGCGCUCGUGUACAACGUGCUGCCGAUGCACGUGGCCGAGCACUUUAUGGGCAACAAGAAGCGCUCCCACGACGACCUGUACUCGCAGAGUUACGCCGAGGUGGGGGUGCUGUUUGCCAGCAUGCCCAACUUUUCCGACUUUUACUCCGAGGAAACGGUCAACAAUCAGGGCCUGGAGUGUUUGCGGUUUCUCAACGAAGUGAUAUCGGACUUUGAUGCGCUUCUCGAGUUGCCCCAGUUCCAGGACAUCAUCAAAAUCAAGACAAUCGGCUCGACGUACAUGGCAGCCAGCGGGUUGAACCCGUCACGAAUCGUCAAACCGGAGGAUCCAAUUUCACUCCGAUGGGCUCACCUGGCUUUGCUGGUGGAGUUCGCCCUGGAGCUGAAGAAGGCCCUGCAGGGCAUCAACGAACAAUCGUUUAAUCACUUUGUGUUGAAGAUGGGCGUCAACCACGGGCCGAUUACGGCUGGAGUGAUUGGCGCGCGGAAGCCGCACUACGAUAUCUGGGGAAACACGGUGAACGUGGCGUCUCGGAUGGAGAGUACCGGCAAGGCCGGAGCUGUGCAGGUAACCGAGGAAACCUGCCAAAUCCUGCAGACCUUCGGGUACACCUUCGAGCAGCGUGGCCUAGUCGCGGUCAAGGGCAAGGGCCAACUGAUGACCUACUACUUGCAGGGCAAGGUGCCCAAGAACGCGUCCCCGAUCCUUCCGGUGACCACGAUGGAGACGGUCCAGGAGGUCGAAGAACCCAAAGAGUCCCCACCGGCCCUAGCCCCCUCGGAAUCUCCCGCCCACCAGAUCACAUCGGUGUCGUCGAGCACCACCAGCCCCAACAGUGUCCGCCUGAACCAGGAGUACGUGGAGAUGAAGGUGAGCAGCAGCAGCACAUCGAAUGCGGUACCAGCAAUCACCGUGAACGAACAGAACCACCAGCUUGUGACUGAACAGAAGCAGCAAUCCAGUAAAGAAUCGAAAGCCGGAGAUGGUGUCUCCUCCAGUGGGGACGGGAAACCACCGCUGUUUAACGGUGAAACCGAAGACGCGGACGUCAAGACGCCCCUCCUGAACGAUAAAAACAGCACAAACGCCAAUCACUUUAGCGAAGGGGAGAAGGACGCACUUCUGGAGAAUAGUAAUUAGAUGGGCUAGGUAGAAUGAUACGAUGAUUAUGCUGCCAGGGUGGAUACUGGGUGAGAUAAAUCGACUUGGGCAAUGGAUUGCAUUUUUAUUCUUGGUUUUGUUCGAAAUAACAUUGAAGAUCUUCGGACUUGCAUAAUCGGAUCUGAAAUCAUGUUUUUCUCUACGUUUUAGCAUACUUUACAAGUCUUGUUGAAAAACGAUUGGAACAAAACUAACUUUGUACAAACAUCCUAAAUAUUUUAAAAACAAUAAUAAACUUACCACGAUUUUUCCGUUUAAAAUCCAAUUGAGAAGUAUGUUUUUAACACGAUUUUUUUUUUUUUGCUUCACGGCUAUAGUCACAAACGAAUAUGCUCAGAGAGGAGAAAAUUCAACGAAAUACUAGCGUGGCACUCAUUUAGCCUACACUACCGCGGAUGACACUCAAUUUGCAUUUUGAAUGGUGAAAAUUGCUGUGAAAUGUGUUUUUGGAAACGUCAAAAGUGAAUGAUUUAAAAACGACCGAUAGCAGACGGUUUCGAACUCUGUUUAGAGCGACAUUGUGCAAUUGUUCCGGAGAGGGAGAGCAGAAGAGAGAGUUUGCAGUAGCGUUCGCGGAUUUGCGUCGCGUCCGAUUUGUGCUCGUAAGUGAAGAGGUCGACUUCGUGCAACCAGAUAAAAAAUUACAAAUAUUCCGAAAUUCAAUUUUUUCAACUUACUAUCCACCCGCGGGCAGAAAAUCGCACUCCAAGAGUAAGGCUUUUGUAGUUGAUAUCUAUUAAGUAAAGCAUGGCAAACAAACAAACAAAAAACCAAGAGGAAGUAAAACAACACUAAUAGAUGUGCUACUUUAGGGUGUAAGUAGAGUAGAGUUGAAAAAUCUGCAAAGAAUCAAUACAAAAAUAAAGAAAAGAAUCAACAGCAAACAAGCAAAUCUCAAAGAGUAGAGCAAAUUUAAACGAGCGUGCGUAAGAGUGAGCGAAAAAUGCGAGCGAGAAAAUGAUUAGUAAGUGAAACUGACUUUUGAUAAGUUCAAAAUUGUUUUUAGUAAUUAAGCGUUUUAUACUGAGUUUUUCGUACUUGUACUAACCUUCACAAACGUAGAGAAUCUCUCUAAGCGAAACUAAAAUGAGAAAAAGAUGACAAAAGACUGCCGUAAAUUAAGUUUUACAUUUUUCUCGCAAGGAGAAAAACGUAACUACCACACCAAACGCAUGACAUUCUUCCUCUCUCCUUGAGUAUGGAUUUACUAUCGGCUGCACUCCCACAACUCACAGCACACUCUUGUAUAGACUUUUAUCGCGUGAGCAAAGCUUUACACACCGGCUACGUUACAUUCAUUGUUGUUAGAGUUAUGUUUUGUUAGAAGAAAAAAAAAAUCCACGCGAAAUAACAAAAAAAAAUACGAAAAAACACACUGUAACAUUCCACCGAGCAAAAUCAGCCUAAACUAACAGCAACAACAACAAGAACAUCUCACAAAUACACACGUUUCUCGUUAGCAUAAUGAACACAGACGAAAAAGUAUUUAAACUAGCAGCAGCUGAGGUACCAAAAGUACACAAACAUAGCGAUAGCACAUAAAACACACACACACACAAACCAGCAAACAAUGAUUGUUCAAUGGCUCAUAAAAUGACAUAUCGUACAGACUUGCAACAACAAGAAAUAUUAUUCACCGAAAAAAAAA